AUGCUGUCGGGAAAUGGCGGCUCCGCUGCUUGGAGUGGCUUCAACUUCUUGGUUGGUUUCGUGAUCGUGUUCCGGACUUCGCAGGCAUACACGCGAUUCUGGUCUGCACUCGGGGAUACGCAUCAGAUGAUGGCAGCCUGGCUGGAGGCUGCUAGCAGCCUUGUGGCCUUCUCCAGGAGCUCGCCUGCCGAUCCCUUGUUGGUGGAGAAUUGGCUCCACACCGUGAUGCGGCUCUUUAGCCUGCUGAGCGCGUCGGCCCUGCAAGAGCUCACGGAUGUGGCCUAUCACCACACCUGGGGCCUGCCAACGUUGGAUGCUUCGGCCAUUGAUCAUCAAAGCAUUGAGACACUGGACAGCUCAAGUUGCCGAGUUGAACUGCUCUACUACUGGAUUCAGCAAUAUGUGAGUGAUGGCUCGCACCACGGGGUUCUGAUCACACCGCCCCCGCUUCUGAGUCGGACGCUGGCGGAAAUGGCCAAAGGCAUGGACAGGUACCAGGAUGCAAUGAAACAUUCCAAGGUCCCUUUCCCUUUCCCCUAUGCGCAGACCACUCUGACCUUAUUGAUAUUCCACUGGAUCCUGACUCCACUUGUCAUGGUUCAGUGGUCGGCAUCAACAGCAGGGGCAUGCAUAUUCACUUUUGUCCAGGUCUUCACGCUGUGGUGUUUGAAUGCAACCGCCGUUGGUUUUGAACGACCCUUUGGAGGCGAGUUGAACGAUAUCGACCACUUGGAACUGCAAAUGAACAUGAACAAAAGCAUCAUCAAUCUGAUGGAGCCCCGUACACGACGAACUCCCUUCAUACCCUCUUCAACCUAUUUGGAUAUCGAUGUUUUGCGGAAGCGUGACACUAUUCAUGCAGCGGCGUUGCACAAGGAAGGUUGGCAGUUGAAAGACAUGUCGGAUAACUAUCGGCGUUCGUGUCUGCGAUGUUGCAGCCGAUCACGGGCGCGUUCCGUCCGCAGCACCAUCGCUGUUUCCACCCGCUACAGCAGCAAACGCUACGGGUUUAUUGAUGGGGAGCGGACAGCAGUACUCACAAUUGGAAUUGUGGGCUCCGACCUCUGCUUGGCUUUGCCUGCACUUCCAGGGGACACGCGCAGCACCUUCGAGGUCAUGAACGUCCGGGGCCAGCCCUGCACCAUGCGCUUCAAGCGGAUACCGAUCCAAGACCGCCACCUGCUGCACAAGGUGCCAGAUGCCAGCUGGAGCGAUGACUACCUUGAUUUCCCUGUGGAUUACAUGUUUGCCGCGGAGACGCUGGCAAAGGCUUCUGAAACACAGAAGUUCAAGGGAAGCCUGGCUUCGGUGGGCGCGCAGCAUGACGACUCAAAGGACAUUACCCGUGGGGUCUCUCAACAUCUGCUGAGCGAGGAGCCAGUGGACACGCCGCGAGAAAAGGCAGUCGCAACUUCUCCAGCAGAUCCGCCCAAAGCUGCAUUGCCUGGUUCUGUCCAGGAUGCUGAGCAGGAUGCGUCCAGAGAAAAAAGCACUCCUUCCGCUCCCCCUGCCGGGCUGAGCGAACGGGCGGAGGGCACUGCGGAGCCCGAGAAGCUGGCGAAGCCGGAGCCCGCCCAGCCCUUGGAGUUCGAUGCGGAGCCGACGGAGCCCAUGGAGCGCAGGAUCUCACCUCGCAAGGAAGGUCCACAAGAGAUGGUGCUGCCUUGGGGCGGCGAAACCCCAGCAGAAGAGGAGAUGGGUGUGGGAAGCGCCCACAUCCUUCCUUGGGGUGCUGCUGCGCUGGGGGAACCGGACAUCGAAGCUGCAGAUUGCGGAAGUCGAGUUGAGGUGCCGGAAGACCCAGAAGCUCAGGGGGACAUCAUCAAAGCGGGUGCCGCCAGUGAACGCAGCGAGGCGCGUGAGGAUCCUCCUGCGAUUGACCGCUCUGAGACCUCCAAGCUGAUCGGUGCUGCUGAAGCAGCUUUGGAAGAGCCUUCAUCCUCACCUCACGGAUGA